AUGGCUUUCUUAGCAUUCUCUCAUUUUUCUCUCAGGAAAAGCAUGACAGAAUGUGAUCCUCGUCUUGUGGCCCCAACCUGUUUGUACUUGGCAGCAAAAGCAGAAGAAAGCACAGUGCAGGCUAGGCUCCUUGGAUUUUACAUCAAAAAAUUAUAUUCAGCUGAAAAAUAUAGGUGUGAAAUAAAAGACAUACUCGAAAUGGAGAUGAAGAUUUUGGAAGCACUCAACUAUUAUUUAAUUGUAUACCAUCCUUACCGUGAAUUGUCUCGGUUGCUUCAGGAUGCUGGCAUGAGUGAUGCGACUCAAUUAACUUGGGGACUUGUCAAUGACACCUAUAAGAUGGAUCUAAUUCUUAUACAUCCACCGCACCUAAUUGCAUUAGCCUGCAUAUAUGUAGCAAGCGUGCUCAAAGAUAAAGAGAACACUGCCUGGUUUGAAGAGCUCCGAGUCGAUAUGAAUUUAGUGAAAAUUAUCGCGAUGGAGAUAUUAGAUUUCUACGACAGCCACAAAAUGAUCACAGACGAGAGGGUAAAUGCUGCCAUGAACAAGCUCGCUUUCAAGUAAUAGAUAGUUGGGCAAGUCAGCAAACUUACUGUCUAAUUAAUCUGUUUCCUACUCUAUCUCUAAAGCCACUUCCGCUUUUUGAUGGGGCUAAAAUGCUUAAGAUCAAGUCAAGCAGGGUUUACAUUUCCCGUUGAGUCAUGUUCGUGUACUAUUAUUACCAAAAGGAAAAAAUUUGGAGAUACAGAAAACUGGGUUACCUAUUUGAGGCUCUGAGGUACGAAACUCACAAAUUUUAUUUUUUUAUUUAUUUAAAAGAAGCAGUUAACUAAUGCCUGAGUCAUUUCUUGUGAAAUUCUAUCGCUUUCUGGGAACUGUUUGUCAAUAAUGUGAAUUUGUUUUGAAAAGUUUCAAUAUAUUGAAUGAAA